AUGGAUUUAACACCAAUUCUGCGUGAUAUCGCUGCUAACACCAACCCCUCCUGGGAUCACCAUGUAUAUGAUAUAAGAUCUCACGAACAGGCAACCAUCGAUGAUGCUGUAGCAGUCUUUGAAAGCAUCCUUGAACCUUUGAAGGACUUAGAAAGCGAUGAGGAGGAAACUGUUGAAUUCGGCCCAACGGUUGCAGAGGGGGAUGUUAGAAAUCAACUUACGUUGAUUUCAUCUGAGCGUAAUAAUAACAAGGAGAUAUUACUAACAGUUGAAACCUUCAUUUGGGUACCCCAAAUGCCUGAAUAUCCUAUAACUAGCGAAACGGGGGUCUGCUAUGUUAUUUCUGUUCGAGGGAAAACGAAAGAACAAGCGAGAAGCUACAUAAACGAGAUCCAGUUCUGCCAUAGCCAUAAGAUUUCUUGGCGUCAAACCACCUGUGCAUUUUUAGAUAAUACUCUUUGUAACCGCGUUACUUAUAAAUGCAGGAGUAAAGCAUGUGAAUACUUAUCUUCAGAUUUACGAAAUCGAUCUUAUACAGAGGUUUCGGAAGAUGAAUGGGAUUUAGUGGCAAAAGCUAAACAAGAAGCUGAACGAGCAAUUGACGACCAAGUUCAUUAUAAAACGCUCUGCUUUCUUUAUGCCAAGGUUAAACUUUUCGAGGAUGGCAAGCUUUGUAAUCCUUAUGCAAAAACUUGCAAGCUUGAAAUUGUUCAGGACGGAGACGCCACCGGGGUUCCUCGCCAUAUAUUUCGGUGUAUCCACUCACACCCUCACUCGCAAACGCCGUCAGAUGUGCGACAUCAUUGGCGGCCAAUUCCACAAGAACAUAAUCCAGCAAUUAAAUUAUUCCAAGCAUUUCUAAACAAAACUCUGGGCGAAGAGAUCCAACCAGGGUCUUGCUAUUAUGUAGCCCAGAACAAGAAACUUGCAAAGCUAUGUCCUGUCGUACAUCCGCAAGGAAAAGGGAACAUCAUCGAGUUAACUUGUCAAUGCGAAUACGACUUUUAUAUUCCUCUGCAUUUGGAUCUCUAUCCAUACAUGUUGUGCGUUUGCCA